GCCCAAUAUAACCCCAUAAACUCUCAUUGGAGAAAACUAGAAAGAUUUCCAGGAUCAUUCUAACAGAAUGGGUAAAAAGAUAAAGAAGGAAGUAGAACCUCCUCCUAAGGAUGUGUUUGAUCCAUUAACAAUUGAAAGCAAAAAAGCAGCAACUGUGGUGUUAAUGCUUAAUUCUCCAGAAGAAGAAAUUUUGGCUAAAGCAUGUGAAGCCAUUUACAGAUUUGCUUUAAAAGGUGAGGAAAAUAAAGCAACUCUGCUUGAACUUGGAGCUGUGGAACCUUUAACUAAACUGCUCACCCAUGAAGACAAAAUUGUAAGAAGAAAUGCUACUAUGAUAUUUGGAAUCCUGGCUUCGAAUAAUGAUGUUAAAAAGUUGUUAAGGGAGUUAGAUGUCAUGAAUUCUGUUAUUGCUCAACUCGCUCCAGAAGAAGAAGUAGUUAUCCAUGAGUUUGCUAGUCUUUGUUUAGCAAACAUGUCUGCAGAGUAUACCAGUAAAGUACAAAUAUUUGAACAUGGCGGAUUAGAGCCACUCAUCAGACUACUGAGUAGCCCAGAUCCUGAUGUAAAGAAGAAUUCUAUUGAAUGCAUUUACAACUUGGUACAGGAUUUCCAGUGUCGGACUACACUUCAAGAGCUAAAUGCAAUCCCCUCUAUAUUAGAUCUCCUAAAGUCAGAAUAUCCGAUUAUUCAGCUGUUGGCUCUCAAAACCUUAGGUGUUAUUACAAAUGAUAAGGAGUCCAGAGCAAUGCUAAGAGACAAUCAAGGCUUGGACCCACUUAUUAAGAUCCUAGAAACUAAGGAAUUGAAUGACCUUCAUAUAGAAGUGCUUUCAGUGAUAGCCAAUUGCCUUGAAGAUAUGGAUACUAUGGUGCUGAUUCAGCAGACAGGGGGUCUUAAAAAGCUCCUAACGUUUGCAGAAAACUCUACAAUUCCUGAUAUCCAGAAGAAUGCAGCAAAAGCAAUUACUAAAGCAGCUUAUGAUCCUGAAAAUAGAAAGCUUUUUCAUGAACUGGAGGUUGAAAAAUGCCUUGUCACCCUUUUGGGUUCUGAAAAUGAUGGAACUAAAAUUGCUGCUUCCCAAGCUAUUUCAGCAAUGUGUGAGAAUUCAGGCAGCAAAGAUUUUUUCAAUAAUCAGGGGAUUCCACAGUUGAUUCAGUUGCUAAAAAGUGACAAUGAUGAGGUAAGGGAAGCAGCAGCUCUAGCCUUGGCUAAUCUGACAACUUGCCAUCCUGCUAAUGCAAAUGCAGCUGCUGAAGCUGAUGGCAUUGAUUCAUUAAUAAAUACACUGUCUAGUAAGCGAGAUGGAGCAGUUGCAAACGCGGCCACAGUACUGACAAACAUGGCAAUGCAGGAGCCCCUGCGUGUGAGCAUACAGAGUCACAACAUCAUGCACGCAAUCAUCAGCCCGCUGCGUUCGGCAAACACCAUCGUUCAGAGCAAAGCUGCCCUCAUGGUUGCUGCAACUGUGUGUGAUGUUGAGGCCCGGACAGAGUUAAAAAAUGCAGGUGGACUGGAGCCCCUUGUAGAGCUCUUGCAUUCCAAGAAUGAUGAAGUCAGGAGGCAUGCCAGCUGGGCUGUGGUGGUCUGUGCCAAUGAUGAGCUGAUGGCCACUGAGUUGUCCAGGCUCAGGGCUUUAGAUAUCCUUGAAGAAAUUAAUCUGUCAGUAAGUCGAAAAAAUAAAUUCAGUGAGGCAGCUUAUAACAAAUUGCUCAACAACAAUCUUCCCCUGAAAUAUAGCCAGACUGGCUAUUUGUCAUCAUGUAACAUAAUUAGUGAUGGAUUCUAUGACUGUGGUCGGAUAAAUCGUGGAACCAAACUUUUGUCAUUGAAGGAGCUUUCCUUACAAGAACCAAAUGAUCAGCGUGCAAUACUCUUAAUUAACAGUAAAUAUGAUGUUUCUCCACCUCUGUCUAUGGAAGAUAAAUCAUCAGACAUUGGUUAUGGACGAAGUAUUUCUUCCUCAUCUUCCUUAAGGAGAGCAAGUAAAGAAAAGACCAGUGCUGGAGUUGGAUCUCCCACAGAAGAGAAAUCAGAACCUACUUCUGGACGAAAUACUGUUCUUAGCAAAAGUGCCACGAAAGAAAAAGGAUCAAGAAAAGGCAGAGGAAAAAAGGAAGAGGAAAAAGUAAAAGAGGAAGAAGAAGUUUUGUCAGUACCAAAAAUAACUGGAGAAGGAAGCCCUGAUAAAGAAUGGUGCCCUCCCUCUGACCCUGACUUCUGUCUUUAUGUUUAUGAAGUGACCAAAACAAUCCUGCCCAUCACCAACAUGAAGGAACAGAUUGAGGCUCUUGCAAAGUAUGUGGCAGAAAGAAUGGGUGGUCAUAUUCCAAAAGAGAAACUACAUGAAUUCAGCUGGGAACUUCACAUAAGUGAAUUAAAAUUUCAACUUAAAUCCAAUGUCAUACCAAUUGGACAGAUCAGAAAAGGGAUCUUCUACCAUCGAGCUUUGCUUUUCAAGGCUCUGGCCGAUAAAAUUGGCAUUGGCUGCACUCUAGUCCGUGGGGAGUAUGGCAGAGCUUGGAAUGAAGUGAAGCUGAUGGACAGAUCUCGUAAGGGAGUAAUUGGGUGUCUACCUCCUCCUGAAACAUAUAUUGUUGAUCUCAUGUUCCAUCCAGGCGAGCUGAUGAAGUUAAGAAGUAAAGAGGCAGACCUUUACAGAUUUCUUUAA